CUCCUCCUUGUCUUCGUUUAUUUUUGUUGUGAGGAUGUUUGUCUGCUAGCAAGCAUUUCUGUUAAUUUAACGUGGUCCAUCACUUAUUGCCCGAACUCACUCAGAUCUACUUGGGUGAAGGAGAGGGAAUGGACAUGUCAAGCUAACCAGCAUGGUAACUACCUAAAGUCCCAUUUGUACUAGCCAGCUAACGUUAAACUCACAAUUUACUAGUAAUAAUAUAUAUUUAUAUAUUCCAAUCAUGGGUGAAGAGGAGAGUAACACAUCGGCGGGUAACAACAAUAAGGACUCGAGCAUUAUCCUCACCAAAGACGGACAGACGUACUACGUUGACAAGAGCGGUGUUGUCGACAGUAGAAAUGUAGUCGCGCGUCAAGAGUCGGACAAUAACAUGUUCUCCUACGAUAUAGAUGAUGCCGAAGAGGAGAGCGAUGUUUUGGACACGUCGGACCCGCGGGAUAACGCUGCGAGUCCCGAAGAACUCAACGACGAUGAUGAUGAUGAUGAAGAAGGCUACGGGGAUAACGAUAACAUUUCAAAGACUUGUACAUACGACGGGUGCACGGAAACUACGACCCAAGUAGCCAAGCAGCGGAAGCCGUGGAUGUGUAAAAAACACCGCAACAAGAUGUACAAAGACAAAUACAAGAGGAAGAAGAGCGACCAGGCGAUGUCCACUAGCAAACAAGAUGAGAGCUUGGAGGACAGGCCUGUAUCUGUGAACAAGCAGCGUCUUGGUACCGUGGGGGACCGGCCGGCCAGACCCUCCCUCAUCGAACAGGUGCUCAACCAGAAGAGACUGUCUCUGCUGAGGAGUCCUGAGGUGAUCAUGUUUUUACAGCAGCAGCAGCGUCUCCUGGCCACCCAGAGCCUCAGCCAAUCACAGCCUCACUUCCAGGGCUGCUAACGGCAACAGGGGGAGGAGCCAGCUUCUCUGGGUGUUCUGGAACUAUUUCCCUGAUUCCAUCUAUGAUUGUGACAGGAGAAGGACCAUAGAGAUCCUAUUCGAUUCCCAAUUCUGUGAGAAGGAUUGACUCAUUGGAAAUGGAAUACUAGAAUGGCCCUUCUUAUGAUGAGGUAAAGAUCAGCCAUGUUGGUCAGGGAGUGUUGUGAUAAGAUGUUGUGUAAAAACAAUGACUUUGAAGAAUGUAUCUGCACUGUAUGUUUGUUAGCCAGCACGUUUUAGAGGAAUGAUUAAAUCAAUGUUUUUAAUGAACUACCCAAAAUGCCCCACAUUAUAUUCAAACAAUGCAGUCAAUCUACAGCCUGGCUGAAAUCAGUUGAUGAUAGGAUUUAGAUAAGUUGUAAAUGCAACAAGUACUGAAAAUCACUCACAUCUUUCCAAUAUAAUAUAUUUUAGAGGUUGUUUUUAUACAGAACAUGUGUAUACAAACAUCAGUAUAAACUGUAUUCAUAACUAUAUGACAAUAGUUGUUGAUAAUAAUUCAAUUACACAACUCGUGAUAUAUCACAUCUUUUAUUUUCCUACAUAAGUAAAAAUCAGGAAAUGCGUCACCUAUGCCUCUACUGCUAUUCAUUCCAAUUAGACUGGUUUUUUUUAUUUCUCCCUGACCAAAAUGGCUGCCGUUUCAUUCUAUUCUGGAACCUUGAGGGAUUAUGACAUCGCCCCUCUAGUAAUUGAAUAGGAUCUCCGUGGUCCUUAGGAACUGUACUAUUAUCAUCAAUGGCCGAGCUUCCAUGAUCAAUCAAUAAAUAAUUUAUACCAUACAUGAACCUGUUAGUGCCAACAACAUAGACAUGUUUCACUCUUAGCAGCUAAAAAACACAAGUCAUUGUUUUAUUUUGUGUUGUCAUCUAUGUUCUUGUGUUGUUAGCUAUUAAGUUAUUACAAGAGGACCCGGCCUUGGCUUCUUUCUCAAAUCUAUUACAUUUUAAAACCAGACCCAACAGAUACUAAAAGUCAAUGAUAUAAUUUAUAAACCUCUGCUGAUAACUUGGCAGCAAAUACUAGUGUGGUUGCUAAAAAUGGCUAAUUUAUCAAGUCUGAAUUCACUAUCAGUUUGUCUGUUUGUUUUUCAUGUGACAAUCAUGCUUCUUAGCGUGCGGUUACGUGUGUGUGUUCAUGCACACCAUAGCAUGGUUUCUAGAAGGUACUAAAACUCGAGAGCUACUGUGUCGUUGUGUUACGCCAGAUAGCGUGGCGAUUUCGCCUUUUGAGAGACGAGGACUCCACCUGACCUCAUUGCCACCGUGUGUUUUUAACUCUACAAUCUGUUGUGAUGUGUGUAUUCUGUAUCUUGGGGUAGAAGUUGUACCACAGACCUAGGAUCAGAUGACCUAUCCAUAAUACUAAUAUUGAUCAUUUAUGCCAUGAUAUACCAGGGGGUCGGGGUGAUUCAUUACAAUUCUCUUCAAUACUUUUUAAUGAGGAAAGUUUGGAAUUUAAAUUAGGUUUACUUUCUGAAUUGACUGGAAUUGACCCCAACCCUGAUGUAUACCCUACGCAAGAAUGCAUCUUAUCAACCGGCUACACAAAAUUGUCAUCCUGCCUUGUUAAAACAAAUUGGGGGGGCUGCCCACGGUGGCAUAUUUUUUGUGCUACGUGAGUAAAUAUUAUUCUGCGUUCUUCAGAAAUGAGGCUUUUGGGGACAGAAACAUAUCUGCCCUUGGAAUCAGUGAUUAUUGGGGGAAACUUCAACCUAUUAGUCAUCUAUAGGUAACCCUGUUCCUGGAUUUUUGUGUCCAAACUAGGCACAACACCUGACCAACUGAGCUAAUUGAUCAGUUCAGCGAUUGCCUUUAAUUCAACACACCUGGUCUUCCAGAUCGAUUUAAAUCGUGAACAGGAAGGGCCUGUGGUACCCCAGGAACCAGGGUUGCCUGGUUACCCUGAUAGAGCUGAAGUCUGAAAUUUACAUACACCUAGGUUGGAGACAUUAAAACUCGUUGUUCAACCACUCCACAGAUCUCUUGUUAACAAACUGUAGUUUUGGCAAGUCGGUUCGUGCAUGACAAGUCAUUUUUCCAACAAUUAUUUACAGACAGAUUAUUUCACUGUAUCACAAUUCCAGUGGGUCAGAAGUUUACAUACACUAAGUUGACUGUGCCUUUAAACAGCUUCGAAAUUUCCAGAAAAAUGUCAUGGCUUUAUAAGCUUCUGAUAGGCUAACUGACAUCAUUUGAGUCAAUUGGAGGUGUACCUGUGGAUGUAUUUCAAGGCCUACCUUCAAACUCAGUGCCUCUUUGCUUGACAUCAUGGGAAAAUCAAAAGGAAUCAGCCAAGACCUCAGAAAAAUAAUUGUAGACCUCCACAAGUCUGAUUCAUCCUUGGGAGCAAAUUUCCAAACGCCUGAAGUUACCACGUUCAUCUGUACCAACAAUAGUACACAAGUAUAAACACCAUGGGACCACGCAGCCGUCAUACCACUCAGGAAGGAGACGCGUUCUGUCUCCUAGAGAUGAAUGUACUCUGGUGCAAAUCAAUCCCAGAACAACAGCAAAGGACCUUGUGAAGAUGCUGGAGGAAACAGGUACAAAAGUAUCUAUAUCCACAGUAAAACGAGUCCUAUAUCGACAUAACCUGAAAGGACGCUCAACAAGGAAGAAGCCACUGCUCCAAAACCACCAUAAAAAAGCCAGACUACGGUUUGCAACUGCACAUGGGGACAAAGAUCGUACUUUUUGGAGAAAUGUCCUCUGGUCUGAUGAAACAAAAAUAGAACUGUUUGGCCAUAAUAACCAUCGUUAUGUUUGGAGGAAAAAGGGAGAGGCGUGCAAGCUGUAGAACACCAUUCCAACCGUGAAGCACGGGGGUGGCAGCAUCAUGUUGUGGUGGUGCUUUGCUGCAGGAGGGACUGGUGCACUUCACAAAAUAGAUGGCAUCAUGAGGUAGGAAAAUGAUGUGGAUAUAUUGAAGCAACAUCAGUCAGGAAGUUAAAGCUUGGUCGCAAGUGAGUCUUCCAAAUGUACAAUGACCCCAAGCAUACUUCCAAAGUUGGGGCAAAAUGGCUUAAGGACAACAAAGUCAAGGUAUUGGAGUGGCAUCACAAAGCCCUGACCUCAAUCCUAUAGAACAUUUGUGGGCAGAACUGAAAAAGCGUGUGCGAGCAAGGAGGCCUACAAACCUGACUCAGUUACACCAGCUCUGUCAGGAGGAAUGGGCCAAAAUUCACCCAACUUAUUGUGGGAAGCUUGUGGAAGGCUAGCCGAAAAGUUUGACCCAAGUUAAACAAUGUAAAGGCAAUGCUACCAAAUACUAAUUGAGUGUAUGUAAACUUCUGACCCACUGGGAAUGUGAUGAAAGAAAUUAAGAGCUGAAAUAAAUCCUUCUCUCUACUAUUAUUCUGACAUUUCACAUUCUUAAAAUAAAGUGGUGAUCCUAACUGAUCUAAGACAGGGAAUUUUUUACUCGGAUUAAAGUUAAGGAAUUGUGAAAAACUGAGUUUAAAUGUAUUUGGCUAAGGUGUAUGUAAACUAAGGUGUAUGUAAACUAAGGUGUAUGUAAACUAAGGUGUAUGUAAACUAAGGUGUAUGUAAACUAAGGUGUAUGUAAACUAAGGUGUAUGUAAACUAAGGUGUAUGUAAACUAAGGUGUAUGUAAACUAAGGUGUAUGUAAACAUCAAAUGAGAAUAAUGAUGAAUGUGAUGGUCCUCCUGUCUAUGAAAUCCAUUAAACAUAUCGAGAGCGUU